GCUAUAAUAAAUUGCUGUACUUGGACUCAGUGGACGAGACAGUUGAGGAAUACGGACAUUACAACGCGGUUCGACGUUUAUUUAGUUCUGUAGCAAUAUCUGUUUCGUACGCCUAAAUACAUAUUUUUUUUCUGUCGAAGACUGCCAUUAUUUACGUGGCUAUAAUAAUGGUGUGAAGGUGGAUAAACGGCCGGGGACCAACGCUUCUCCAAGAUUUCGGCGUUAAUCAGUAUCUGAACGCCGGUGCCGUGAACAUGGAUAUCGACGAUGGAGCAGAGGAGCUUUCCUUGGAGGAAAUCUUAUCGUUGUACAGCCAGCCGAUCAACGAAGAGCAGGGAUGGGCUGUUUGUUACCAAUGUUGCAGAACUUUGGUUCAGAAACACCGGAGGAUUCAUUCCAAGACCUCCAGCGCUUCAGUUGGGGAUUUGCCGAGAAGGAUUGAAGGACCUGGCGAUGUACGGAUUCUGAGAGAUGGAACCGUUCAAUUGCACCAGCAAGACAGCACAGAUAAACCCAGACCUCCCAACACUUCCUUAGAGGUGAUUGAAUCUCUGGGAAUCAUGAUCUACAAGGCUUUGGACUACAGUCUGAAGGAGAGAGAGGAGAGAGAGCUCAGUCCGCCUCUGGAGCAACUCAUCGACAUGAUGACCAACGUGGCAGAGAAGGAGAGGGACAGUGACCCCUGCCCUGAUGAAGGUUACGAGGCCACCGAGGAGGAGGAAGACCCAAACACUGUCUGUAAUAUUAAACGAUUCAGAGACGUCCUCACGCUGUGUACGUCCCACCUGCCCAGCCCCUCUGAUGCCCCUAACCACUACCAGGCUGUGUGUCGGGCGCUCUACGCCGAGACCAGAGAGCUACGCAGCUUCCUGGAGAAGAUCAGGAGCGCCAAAGAGAUCCUGCGGCGGAUGGAGCGAGACACUGGAGAGGAACCAAUCAGAGAUGUCAACGAGCUACAGAACGCUGACUGGGCUAAGUUCUGGAUGCAGGUGAUGGGUGACCUGCGUAACGGGGUCAAGCUGAAGAAGGUCCAGGAGAGACAGUACAGCCCCCUACCUGUAGAGUUCCAGCUCACACCUUAUGAGAUGCUGAUGGAUGACAUCCGCUUCAAACGAUACAAACUACGGAACGUCAUGCUGAAUGGAGACGUCCCUCCCAGGUUAAAGAGUGCUCAUGAGGUCAUCCUGGACUUCAUCCGCUCCAGACCACCUCUCAACCCUGUUACUGGAAGGAAGUUGAAGCCUCACCCUGCGUGGCCGCAGACCCUACAUGAGCGUCUCUUAGAGGGCAUCAAACAGGAAAGGAAGCUACGGCCUGUUUCACCUGACGUGACCCGACGCAACCGCCUGGACUUGUCCACUCCAGAUGCCCCCAGGAAGCACGCCACCAGUACCCUGUCCUGUCCACCAGCUCCCGGGGUGGGAGGGGCUCUGCAUCAGAGGAAGAGGCUCCUGAAGGCGCCCACACUGUCUGAACUGGAAAGCUCAGAGUCCGAUGAUGAGCCCAGUCACAGCUCCUCCAGUUGGUCAGCAUCCGUGUUGGACGCCUCGUCUCCUGAAUCUGUCCUGGGGAAGAACGCACCCUCUAGGUUCCUGCCCAUCAUCAUGACUCCCCAGCCUGACAGUCGCCCCUCCCUUCAGAGGAGACACUCCAUUGAGAAGGAGCCCCCCACCAGCAUACGACCCUUCACAGCCCCCACCAGACAGAGCUCCAAGUCUCUGGUGGAAAACCCCGCCCCCAGCAGUGGUGCUAAGGUGGAGGACUUCUGCUACCCUGUAGAGUGUCUGGCUCUAACAGUAGAAGAGGUCAUGCACAUCAGACAGGUUCUGGUCAAAGCUGAGCUGGAGAAGUUCCAACAGUACAAAGACGUCUACAACGAACUGAGGAAAGGAAAGUUGUGUUUCUCCUGUCGGACUAAAAGGUUCUCCUUCUUCAACCGGUCCUACACCUGCCAAUUCUGCAAAAGGCCUGUGUGCUCUCAGUGCUGUAAAAAGGGGAGACUUCCAUCUAAGCCGUAUGCCAACCUGUCCAUCUCCUCUCUGGGAUCUACUACCACCAUCCUACCCAGGGAGGAGGCUGGAGGGACAUCAGCCUUGGACACCCCAGAGAAGCCCUCGUCCAGCCAGCGCCUGCGCCGGACUGUCUCCAGGUUAUCCAAACGCAAAAUUGAACGGCCUAGUGACGAGCUGCAUCUUCCCAAGGAGCUGACAGAGGAUUGGUGUACCAUGGAGGUCUGCAUCGACUGUAAGAUGUUCAUCUCUGAGAUCAUCUCCAGCAGCAAGCGCUCUCUGGCCACCAAGCAAGCCCAUCUGAAGAGGAAAACCCAGUCCUUCUACAUAUCCUCAGCUAAAACAGACUACUGCAGACCCUCUGUGAGGAACGUCAAAGAGGUUUAACUUUAGGGUCAGACCUCUCUCUGUCCACUCCUUGGGGGCGUCUCAAAUCCAAAUUGUAUUUGUCACGUGCUUCUAAAACAGCAGUGAAAUGCUUCUAUUUCAUGAAAAACUUCUCCAUAUAGGGCAGCACUUUGACCAGAGCUCAAAGGGACCAGGCUGUUUGUUGGCCAUCUAGCUGUGUGAUGUAUUUAUCAUGACUCUGCUCACCCUGGCUGACACUCUAUGGACUCUGGUCUAAAGUAGUGCACUGAAUAGGGUAGGUACCCUUUUGAGACAGUCAUACUCUCUCAGCUCUUUGCUGCUCAUCACUGUGUUAUAAUGAUAUAGGUGACUGUUGUAGAAGAUGUUCAGUGUGUUAGUAUAUACUACCUACCUGGAUGGAAGAUUCUAGACAUUUGUUGAAUAGACAGCAUGGGUUCUCUUCCCCUAACCGCUAGUGUCAGGAACGAUUGGGUUAGUGUACAGCUGUGGGCGGACGACUAGCUAGCCGUUGACACAAACCAAGUCACAGUAUAGUAGUCCAUGAAUAAAGUGUCUACCACAGUAUAGAUGCGCUAUUAGAAUAUUUAACCAUUUACUAUUUUCUCACGUUCUGUGAUUAACCCUAAUAUACUGAACAAACGCAACAUGCAACACUCUCAAAGAGUUUACUGAGUUACAGUUCAGGAAAUCAGUCAAUUGAAAUAAAUUCAUUAGGCCCUCAUCGAUGGAUUUUACAUGACUGGGCAGGUUGCAGCCAUGGGUGGGCCUUGGAGGGCAUAGUCCCACCCACUUGGCAGCCAGACCCACCCGCUGGGGAGCCAGGCGCAGCCGAUCAGAAUGAGUGUAUAUACUCACAAAAGACAGAAAUACUCCUCAGCACCCCCCAGAUGAUCCAGCAGAUGAAGAAGCUGGAUGUUGAGGUCCUGGGUUGGCGUGGUUACUUGUGGUCUGCGGUUG